AUGCUUGCACAAGAAGAUGAUGAGAAGAAUGAAAGAGCCAUAUAUUACUUCAGCAAAAGAUUCCAUGAUUACGAGACUAGAUACACUCCUAUAGAAAAGUUAUGCUUUGCACUUGUUUGGGCCUUACAGAAAUUGAGACACAUCAUUUUACCCUUCCAAAUAUGGGUGGUGGCAAGAAUGGACCCAUUGAAGUAUCUCAUUGAGAAGCCCGCUUUGAGUGGAAGAUUGUCAAGAUGGUUAAUUUGGUUGGAGGAAUUCAAUUUGAAGUACAUGGCCAGAAAAACUAUCAAAGGAAGUAUCGUGUCAAAUUUUUGUGCUGAGAAUCCCAUAGAGGGGGAAGAUGGCAAAGAGGAUUUUCCAGAUGAAGAUAUUUUGGAUAUUGAGUUAAGGAUAUGGAAGAUGUACUUUGACGGAGUUGUAAACCAACAUGGGAAUGGGAUAGGGAUACUCUUGAUCACUCCCGAGGGGUCUCACAUACCUUUGGCAAUCAAAUUGAACUUUCAAGCAACUAACAACAUGGCUGAAUAUGAGGCUUGCAUUGCUGAAAUGGAAGCUCUUCGAGAAUUGGAAGUAAAGGAGGCCGAAGUCUUCGGGGAUUCAACUUUGGUUAUAGCCCAAGCACAAAAGUUGUGGAAAGUGAAGGAAGAACAAUUGAAGCCUUAUAAACAAUACUUAGAGGACUUGACCAAGAACUUUGACAAGAUUGAGUACACAAUCAUCCCUAGAGCUCAAAAUCAGUUUGCGGAUGCCUUGGCUACUUUAGCCUCCAUGGUUGAAAUACCCAAAGGAGUAUAG